UAUUAGAUAAUGAUACUGUUUAAUUUCUUAUAAAGAUUGUGGGAAUGUGAAUUUGUAUGGUUUAAUCACCGAAUAAAAAUUGGAUUAAACAUUAUUCACACGUCACAUGGAAGAAAAUAUCGGAUACUUUUAAAAAUAUUUAAUUAUUCACCUUUACAAGAUUAAGAAAUCAAAAGUAAGAAACGACAAUACACACUUUCUAUCCGCCUCUUCAUCAAACGCCAAACUGAUCGUUGUUAACAAAGGAAGCCAGUGAUUGCGGUUACAUAUUCUAUGAAAUCCUAACGUCAAGCACAUCAUUUAGUAAGUGCUACAUUAAUUAUAUCUUGUGGACUAACAUUUUCAUAAGCGAGCAAUCAUUAUAUGGAAUCAGGUUGGCCUAUACAGUCUGCCGCUGCCGAAAAAAUUCUCACGUACAUAUUUAAAUUACCACAACUAACAUGUCAGUAUUAUUUAUCAUAUAGAGGUCGCUUUUGAUAUGCCAUUUACACCAGGCCUGUUGACAUGCGAAAAAUACGGUUUUGUUGACAUAAAUGUCACAAAGGGUCAGCCGAAUAUAUUUUUGUUUGUGUCAUAAACCUUGAAUUUCUAACUACCUGCAAAACCGCUCUUUACAGCGCUGGCCAAAUCAACGUCUUUGAACGUGGAUGUUGAUGAAAACCCACACCAUGUAUUGCAUAUGCGAAGAUACAAAUACAUGUCAUGCUGCCUAGAGUUUUGUUAAUGGUUUCAUGGUAAAAGAGCUGAGAUGUCUCGAGAAACGGUCAGCUUCAACCAGUCCGGCCCGACGCCCGUGUGCGCUGACGAAGGAAGUCUGACAUCCCGCACGGGCUGUUACGUCAUCACCCUCACCUUCUCUCAGCCGACUCAGAUUGGUGAAAUAACGUUUCGGAAUUACUACACAUGGGGCGUUGGUGUGCACGUUCUGCGGGCGGCCACCUCUUCCCCGUCGAACAUGGGCGGCAUUGUAGGCGCCGGCCUUUUAGGAAACGAUGCAGGAUCUGAAGCCGCAUGGACGUGGAAGGACCCCUCGGCGUGGCAAGUGGGCGUGAAGAAUAAAGUGAUUAUGCCUCAUCCUCAUACUGAGACAGCCAGCCAUGACUUUGUGUCCGUAACUUGCCUCGAGAGCCGCGUGGACUGGCAGGAUGUGAUCGGUAUGAGACUGAUCCUCCGACAGCCUUCUCCUGUGUGGAGGACCUUCUUCAUCGAAGAGAUUACGGCCUAUAGGGAGCUGCCGCGUCUUCUCCCCUUCAGCGUCCCCAUCAUCAACCAGGAUGGGCAGGGAGAGAAGCCUCAACCCACGCCUCUCGACCGCCUGAUUCAACAAACUCGUCGGGCCAUGCGCGUUCCCGAUGAAGAUUCGUUGGAAGGUGGCUUGACCGGUGGUGGAUACGAGCUGGUUGCUCUCCAGUACACUUAAUGCCAGAUUGCGGCCGGAUGUCAGCUGGGUGAUCAGAAGGACAUUGAAAGGAAUUUUAAUUUUCUAACGAGCGAAAGAUAACAUUUCUCGUCGAAAAGGAUACACGGAACGUAAUAUUUAGCUGCAAUAAAAGGUUGAACUUUCAUGGUGAUUUGGAUUAGACCCUAAAGAGCAUGGUUCACGUGUUCGUCUCGUAAUUGUCAAAAUAAACAGAUAGUAUUUUGCGAGAAAACGACAUAUCGCCUU